AUAAAAUAUUCUUUAACUAAAUAUAAACACUACAAAUGAAGAAUAAAGCUUUUGCAUGGGUUAAAAAGCAUACUUACCUGUAGUUUUCUUAAUACUGUAUAGCGAAUAGCGUAAUAGGUAGAUAUGAACGUUUAUAACAUACGACAGCUAAAACGGUAAAACCAACAUAUUUUAUAUUUGAAGAAAUGUAAAAGGAUGUCUAGGUUUUAUAUUUGAAAUGCAUUUUAAUUGACUACUUACAAUCAAUUGGUUUUGGUCAGUGUAGUAUACUAGAGUCUAAUGUGACGACUUUGGCGACUAUGGGUAUUGCAUUUUAAGAAAAAGUACCAGGAACUUUAUUAUACCCACUGUUAAUUUCGGAUGAUAGAAGCUAUAAAAACGAUAGGAAAAGAAAGUUGGAAUUAUAUCAUGGAGAAUACGUUCAACAAAGAUUGACACGGAAAACAAUGCGUGUAGAGAUUUGUGUGUCCUGAACUGGACCCCAAACUUUUAUGAUAGUCCCACGUUUUGAGAGUACGGUUAAAAUCAUUUGGAUAUGCUUUUUGACUCUACUCUUUUUUUUUCUGAUGCAUGUCUUACCAUAAUUAAAUUACGCGUUAAAUAUGGAGUAUAUACUGCCUAUGAUACAAGAAUCAGUAUCAGUGUGAAACUGGUGAGUGAUACUGAUAAAUAAACAAAACCAACAUUAGUGAGUGAUACUGAUAAAUAAAACCAACAUACUAAAAUCAAAAAAGGGUUACGAUGGUUAAAGCAUUCGUGGUAACAUUUCUUGUAAAUGAUUCUUAUGAUACUAGAUUACGUGAAUGAUUCGAAGUUGCGAAGUAACUCGACUGUCUGUCCUUUGGUCUAGGUCGUAAGGAUUUUAUCCAAAUCACCCAUGCAUUGUGUUUACUGCUAUGCCUAUUUAGGUAGAUAAAUGAAAUAUUUAUUUAAAAAUAAAAGAUUACGUAACUUCCCCUUUCGUUCGAUAAUCGAACUCCUCUUCUGAAAUUACAAUGGUUCAGAUCAGCAGUUCUAGCUAGCGUUGCUUUCAAUAUCAAAUUUGAGCCUUAUCAUCAGCAUAUAUAUCGCAUGCCCAUGUACGUAUAUAUUACUCAUGCAUGAGUAUCUUUUUAGUGCGUAAGUAACAAUCAAUAAAUCGAUCAUGACAUGGAGAAACAAGAGACAAAUUAGCUACCUUCUGUCGUGAGGACAUGUGGAAAGGAUUCACCAAAUCAGAACACAAAAGUCAAUUUACCAAAAAAAAAAAAAACACAAAAGUCAAUUCAUUUCAUGGGUUUAGAAAUUCGUCUUAUGAGUUAUGAGGCCGUAAUAUGGGCCAGGCCCAUUACGUUAAACCCUUCUCCGCUUCGUUCUCCCAUUUCUUUCACUGACGACCACCACGGCGGGAGAUCUUCCUCUGUCUCCUCGCUUCUUAUCUUACCGUAACAACCUCAUACCUCGCCGGAGAUCCUACCAGAAACAACUCGAUGUGGCUGAACCGGACAGCUCCCAUCCGGUAUCUGAGAUCCUUCCGAAAAACUCAAAACGCGCCAUGGAUGAGCUACACUGUUGCGUUCUACUCAGAUUCCGCGGAGGAGGAAGAAAAGGUCGCGCCUUUGCAGGAGACUAGAAUGAGAGAUAGGUUUACUCUAUACGCACGUGGCGGUGAAGGUGGCAGUGGUUGUUCCAGCGCCCGCAAGACCCGUACCGAUCGCUACGGCAAACCAGAUGGUGGGAAUGGUGGGAGAGGAGGUGAUGUGAUUUUAGAAUGCACACAUGCAGUUUGGGACUUCAGCGGUUUACAACCUCAUGUUAAAGGUGGGAAGGCUGGGCAUGGAACUUCCAAGAACAGGAUUGGAAACAGAGGAGAAGACAAGGUCCUUCAAGUCCCCAUUGGGACAGUGAUUCAUCUUCAAGAAGGUGAGAUUCCGUCUCAGGUUCAAGCUGGCUCUCCCACAAGUCUGGAUCCAUGGGACCUUCCUGGCACACUGGUUGAUGAUCCUGAACCAGAGGAGACCUCCGACGUUAAUCAAGAUUCUUCUGUUCAAGUUGAAGCUGAGGACGAUAUUGUAGUAGACACGCCAAUGGAAGAUGAUUUUCAAGACGAUGUUGAUCAAGUAAAGUAUAACGUUGCGGAGCUGACAGAACAAGGCCAGAGAAUACUCAUCGCACGUGGUGGCGAAGGCGGUUUGGGCAGCGUUUGCGCUACACGUUACUUAAGAGGCACCAAGUUCGCUAAAACAGCCCCUAUAAGGACAAUGGAGGACGAUUCCGAUGAUGGAGAUGAUAAUGGUCAACGCUCGAGUAUUAAAUGUGGCUCUCUUGGUACAGAAGCUGUCCUGAUACUAGAACUGAAGAGCAUCGCUGACGUUGGUCUCGUCGGGAUGCCAAACGCUGGUAAAAGCACUCUCCUCGGCGCGCUCUCCCGCGCUAAACCGCGUGUAGGCCACUACGCGUUCACGACGCUCCGUCCCAACCUAGGCAACGUCAGCUACGACGACUUCUCAAUGACGGUAGCCGACAUCCCAGGGCUUAUCAAAGGAGCUCAUCAGAACCGAGGGCUAGGCCACAACUUUCUCCGCCAUAUAGAAAGGACCAAAGUGUUGGCCUACGUUGUGGACUUGGCGUCGGGGCUAGAUGGGAACAGAGGAGUGGCGCCGUGGCAGCAGCUGAGAGAUUUGGUGAUGGAGCUCGAGUUUCAUGAGGAAGGGCUGUCUGAUAGGUCGUCUUUGAUCGUGGCGAACAAGAUAGAUGAGGAAGGGGCGGAGGAGAGGUUGGAGGAGCUUGAGAGGAGAGUGAAAGGUGUGAGGAUUUUUCCGGUUUGUGCGGUUCUUGAAGAAGGUGUGGCUGAGCUUAAAGAUGGUUUGAAAAUGCUUGUAAACGGUGGUGGUGAGGGGUCAGAGUGAUUGAAAUUGGAGAAUAUAUGUGUUGACUAGUUUAGUUUUUUGUAUCUCUUUGAGUUAUUUCAGUAGAUAGACCAACUGAAAAUUUCAUGUUAUAGUGGCUAUACUGAUGUGUUGUGUGAUGAAACAUUUUCACGGUUUCUAUUGUGAUCUUUUUAAAUUCUUGAUCGUUUUAUGUUAUAGUGGCUUAGGUUGCUAAUUAAAGAACGUAGUCGUUGCAUUAGGUUGUUUCUUACUUGUAACAUAAGUUUCUCGGAGGCACAAGAUAUCAUUAGGGGGUUUAGUACUACGUGGAAGAAAGGUAUACACAUAUCUAAUGUCUUUAUCACAAGGAACAACUUGUUAGAAACACUCCAAUUAGAUUAAUAGUUUUGACAAAAGAGAGUUAAGUUAGAUAAUGAAUAAUAGACGUGCAGGUUGAAUGAAUUUAUCAUAAUAUACAUUAUCCUGAUUUAAUAUCUGCAAUUAAUCGCACAAUCUAAUGUCUUUAUCACAAGGAACAACUUGUUAGAAACACUCCAAUUAGAUUAAUAGUUUUGACAAAAGAGAGUUAAGUUAGAUAAUGAAUAAUAGAUUAAUUAACAGUUUUGACAAAAGAGAGUUAAGUUAGAUAAUGAAUAAUAGACGUGCAGGUUGAAUGAAUUUAUCAUAAUAUACGUUAUAAAUAUUCAUAUUAUGUCAAAAAUGAAAGUGUACAUUUUCUAAAGAGGUAUAGUAAGCAGAUGAAACAGGCACGUUUCAUGCCUCUUAUUUUGGUUGGCUGUCGUAACUCCUUGUUGCGUGUACGACUUUUUCGUAUUCCUUAUCAAUUUGACGUGCUCCAUCAUUUUUUGAAACUCAAAUAAAACAUUAGACUAUUUUCUUGCAACUGGUAGAGGAAAUUUUCUAAAAAAUAGUGGACAAGUUGGUUGUGGAAAACUAUUUAACAGUUUUUAUAUACGAUAUUUUUAAUAUAAGAUAUGUUUAUUAUUUCUCUCAAUAAUAUUUUAAGGUUCUAAUUAAAAUAAAUAGAAGAAUCACUACGAAAUGCUCUAUAUGAUAGAUAACUUAUUCUAAAAGCAUUUGAUUUUAUCCAUACACGGAAUGAAACGUGUACGGUGUAUACAACACCGACUCUUUCCCAUCUCUUAUAAAUAGGUGGUCAUUCCCUUUGUUCAAUUCACAAGACAUAAAGCAAUCAAAAGAAGAAGAAACAAAAACAAAGUACAACUUUAAAUCAAAGAGAAGAGAAGCAAUGGCAGGUUCUAACUGUGGAUGUGGUUCCGGUUGCAAAUGCGGUGACUCUUGCAGUUGCGAGAAGAACUACAACACGGAGUGCGACAACUGCAGCUGCGGAUCAAACUGUAGCUGUGGGGACAGCUGCAGCUGUUAAUGUGGUGUAAAUCACAUGUAUGCAGGAAAACUGGUGGAAAAUGUGUUUGAUGUUAAGAGAGAUGUGUGUGUGUUUGAAUAAAGAUUUGGCAUAAUAUGUUGCGUAAUAACUCUCUUAACCUUGACUUUUUCCUGCUUCUAUGUGUUGAUUGUGUGAUUGUGUAAUGUUUUCAUUUGUAACUUAAAGAAAACCAAAAAAAUAUAUAUAUAUAUUGACU